UUCUAUAAAGCAAAGCAGUGCGGCUUUACAAUAUCAUAUAAAUAUGUAAUAAUAUGUUUAUAAACUUGGUUCUGUCCUCCGGGGCGAAGCCCGGCGGGGCAUGCUAGUAUGUUUAUAAACUUGGUUCUGUACAUAUGACGUUGAACGGCGGUAUGUUGUAUUAUUUAAGAACUUAGAGGGCAAUACAACUCAUAUAAGCAAUAUUAUGGGCAACCAAGUGAAUAAAAUUGAAGAUAAAUCAAAUUUUAAAUUAAAUUCUCGGCCGCUCUCCUCACUUCAAUUUCCCUUUGUAAUACCUUCAAUCCGUCGGGAAGUAGUUAUGCUCAAUCGGCUCAUACUUUCUCCGGAGUAUGCGAGCGUUUUCAAGAUUACCGCGCGCAACAUCGUUUCGUCUGAUGUUGCGGUCGUAAUUGCUUCAUAUACGUCUUCUAGUCUCUAAUUUAUAACGCUCAUAAAGGCGCUUUCCUUGUUAUAUUUUUUUUUUCAUUCAUAAAAGAGUGCAUUAUACUCUCGAAUCAUAAACAAAUCCGAAUGCAGCGCGCUCGGCCCUGUCGCCAUGCGACGCAUACGGGCGAUCCCGGUGAAUUCAUCCGUUCCGAGAAGGCGAGCGCGCGGCCACAAAGGGCAGGGCAGGCGGUAUAUCCUGAAACGCGAACGUCUGUUGACCGUUGAACGAAUAACCUUGGGAUAUCGCCUCCUCUCCCCUGGAUCGAAGAUUCGAGAAGCUACGGCUUCUAACAGGUACCACGAGCUCCUAGAGGUGGGAUUGCGAUCUCGUGACUCGAUUGGAUGGUGUUCCACGUGCUUGCCGGUCACCACCAACGCCGCCGCCGCGACGGCUACUAAGCGACAAGAGCGCGACCACACAUGUGUAGUGGGAGCACGAUAUUUUUCAAAUCUGUACCGAUCCGCGCCGCCACUCUUGCACCGAGACGUAUGCCGCACGUACAUAUCGCACCGGCAUCGGGGAUCAGACAUACGACAGGCGGUGGAAGAGGUUUACAGAAGUCAAACGAUUCCGUGCGAUCAGCGAGGUACCACGAGAGCUCCUCGUGCAACACUCUCUGAAACAUCCGUCGGAAUUAAGGGGAAAACAAUAUUACUUGCCGAGCAAUAUUAACUUCGAAGCGCGCGUUGUUGACUUUGGAAAUCGUAUAACCGAAUUCCACGCGGAUAUUUCUUUUGGUCCCGGAAACGUCGGUCGAAGGCUGCGAUCGUACGCAAGGACGCGAGGAAGUCUACGUCAAAGUCGGAAUCCGCACGAGGAAAAAGUGAAGGGCCUUUAAAGUAAAGGCCGAAAAUCGGGAGUGUUGAAAUAUCCGCGCGUAUAAUCGGCGGGCGGAUUUUCUCGUCGUGAAAUUACACGGCAUUGUAAAUCGCGACGUGCACAAGCCGUAAUCAAGCCGUGUGCCACCGAAGUGGAGACCCGCCUUUAUCGUCAGCCGCGCGAGCCUGCCGUUACUACUGGAAUCGCCGACGAUACCUAGAUCUCGUCGCGGAAUAGAUAAAGCCUCCCCUUUAAUAUCGCGCCGAGGCUGAACUUGCCGAAGAUGAAGGAUCUCAUGGUGAUCUGGAACACCUUGUCGCGCCGUCAAAUAUACUCGUCAGUGAACAACAACCCCAAUGGCGAUAAACAGGUCGAGCAGGACGAGACGCGAACGCUGGCGCACCUUCAAAGAAAGUCCUCGGUGGUGGUGAAUAAAUUCUUCAAUGCCGCUCUACCGGUGGGUGCCGAUGGCAGACAAAGAUGGUCGAAACAUACCUUCAUACUGAUGACUCUCGGCCUACUUAGCCUGGUAUGCGGCUGUCUUACCCUGCUGUAUCACCCCUAUGAAUUAAUCUUCAAGUGGAAACUGCCCUUCGGCAAUGGCGGCGAGACUUUCGAGUUAUGGCGAAAACCCGAGGUCGACCUCUACCUCAAGGUUUACCUGUUUAACGUAACAAAUCGCGACCAAUACCUGAGCGGCGAGGAAAGCAAGCUACGAUUCCAAGAAGUUGGGCCCUACGUGUACAAAGAAACCUUCGAGCACGCAAAGGUAGUUUUCAAUGACAAUGGUACGCUAUCGGCGGUACCAAUGCAUCCACUGACAUACAUUCCGGAAAUGAGCAACGGCACGGAAGAGGACCUCGUAAUAAUGCCGAAUAUCGCGCUAUUCAGCAUCACGAAUGUGAUGAGAGACGCCUCAUACAUAUCCAGAUGGGGCCUCAACACGCUGAUCCGUCGGACGGAUACUCAACCCCUGGUUCAAAUGACCGCACAUGAAUUUAUGUUCGGCUACCAAUCGACUCUGGUUACCCUUGGCAAUCACGUAAUGCCCGCCUGGAUCAAGUUCGAUAAAUUAGGAUUAAUCGAUAGGAUGUACGAUUUCGAAGGUGAUUACGAGACGAUUUACACGGGAGAGACCGAUGUCCGAAUGACAGGCUUGAUCGAUACGUAUAAUGGGGACGUGAACCUGCCGCAGUGGACUGGUAAAUGCGCGAAUGUGCAAGGUGCGAGCGACGGCGUUAAGUUCCCGAGCUACAUCGAGCCUAACGACACGAUCCUCUUCUUUCGCAAGAGCCUCUGCCGAAGCGAACGAAUGAUACGAGUCGGAGAAAAGGUGAUUCAGGGCCUGGAUACGUACCAAUACACGUUCAUGGAGAACGAAUUGGAUAACGGCGCAGUGAACCCAGAAAACAAAUGCUUCUGUCGUGAAGGAGUCUGUCUGAAGCCUGGCUUAAUCGAUGUGACCGAUUGCUAUUACGGAUUUCCGAUCGCCCUGUCGUACCCGCACUUUUACCAGAGCGACCCGUCACUGCUGGAAGCGGUCGACGGAUUGAACCCCACGAAGGAGCGGCACGAAUCCUACUUCUUCAUCCAGCCGAAGUCCGGGAUACCCGUGGAUCUGGCAGCCCGAUUUCAAAUUAAUAUGGCUCUACAGAAUAUCGAACACAUGGCUCGAGUGGAGAAGUUCUCCGAGUUGACGCUUCCGUUGCUGUGGUUCGAAAUUGGAAUGUACAAGCUGCCGAAAAGCAUGAACAUCCGUUUUUGGUUUUACCUGAAUGUCAUGCCAGUCAUGGAGGAAAUAAUAAUGUAUGUGCUAUUCCUUUCCGGAUCAAUGUUGCUCGUCUGGAGCGUCAUGAGGAUACUGUUUUACCAAACGAAGAAAUCGUCGUCGGAAUGGCUAGAAAUGGAAAGGCAGCGACGAAAGACGCAGACAAACAAGCAAACCGAACAGAAGGCGAAAGAUACGGAGGCGUACAGCUCGCUUUUGACUUCCGCCGAUCCGAAUCUGACGUUAAUAAUGGCGUAAUUAUACAUCAAUACAUCGAUCGAGCUUUAAUGAGAACGAGCAGGACAUUAUUUCUUCAAUAGCUUUCUGGCCACUAUUCUUAUUAGUUUGCUAUUGGCGAAACAGUGCAAAUACAGUAAAGUAAAUUAUUUUGCUAUAUUUAUAUACUGUCAUUCUUACUGCAUACCGGAUAUCCGAAUUACACUAUCGUUAAAGUGUUAAUGUCACGAUAUCCGGAAUCACAUCAUUCGAUUUAAUCAAUUUCGAUUAGAUCAAUCCACGAACGCUUCCAUUUUUAUACUUUUGAUAUAACUGGUGUUGUUAAUAAUUAAUGAAAAUAACACCCGAUAUUUUCCCCCGAUAACUUUUCGGUACUUCAUAUUUUCCAUAAUCAUCGUUAACAAUUUUAUUGCACAAAGUUGUUUCUUAAUUUAUAUAUAGGAUAAACUUAAUACAGAGAUAUGCAAGUUUUAAUACCAAUGUUUAUCUACGUUCUAGUAUUGAGCAAAGCUAUUUUUUUCCUCAUAACGUAGCUCGUCAUAUAUAAUGAUAUUUCUCAUAUGCCAAAUUAUAUAAAUAUCAACUUCUCGCAUCACUGUAAUGUUUUACUAGAAAUUAAAAAAAAUUAAAUUUCUCUUUAAAAAAUUUUUUUUAAACUUUUUAUAAAAAAUUCUUACAAAAUUGUGUCUUGCACUGAAUUUGUACUUUUAAUGAGGGAAGGAUUAAUAUAUUGUUUUUUUUUUUAUCAAGACAUUUAGCUUCAUCGAUUUGAUAUCCUAAGAUUCAUGUAUUACAUAUUUCUUAAAGGAACAAUUUAAUACCGAAGCAAUUUGAUCAGUUAUUAUAUUAGAAUUAUACCCAAAGACAGCUGAGAAUAGCAAAAGACAUUAUUUACGCGCAAUAAAUGCAUAAAAAGUCACAAAAAAGUAGAAUCAAAAAAGAAAAGAGAUAUAACGUUGCUAUUACAGUGAAGCUAUUUCAUCACUAUCUAAUAUACACGCUGAAUCAUAUCAUUCCAAUCUCAUAGUCGGAAUCAUUUUAAUCACACAAUCGGAAUGACGCAUCUGUUCUUUUUCAUUCCACUUCUAUCCUUUUUCAGAAAUUGCAUCAAUUAAAAUACAUUAAGUUUUCUAAAUAAAAUAAAUGAGAUUUCAUUAAAGAAUUAGAAAAAGAAGCUGUAAUCUGCAUAAACUUCAUCUGAAGAAAUUUUUGUAACUCUUUGAUGAGGAUUAUGUAAUGAAGAUAUUUCAUAUAUUCAUGUUAAAUAUGCCAAUAGUGCUUCAUUACUGCUAAGUAAACCUCAAUUGCUGUACAUCAAAUAACAUGGCAUGCUAAUAAUCAUGUCUGUGAUUUCGUUUUGCUCUCUUAUUUUGGAACAGUAUUUAAAAAAAAUAUAACAUAGCGGACUUCUAUAAUAUAGAUAUAACACAGAAUACUACAUCAACAUAUACAUAAGAAUACAUUUGUCGCCAAGCUCAAAUCUGAACAGUUAACGGAUAUUAAAUCGACGAUUGCUCAAUUUUUAUAUAACGUAUAAUAUUUAGAAAUAGAAAUAAUUUAAUAACGUUAACAAAACAAAGAAAAUCGCAUUUAAAAAGUCAUCGUUUUAACUAUUCUAGUUCCUCAGAUGGAAAUGAAUAAGAUUAAUCAUCGAUCAUUUUUUAAACGCGUAUACGUAUUGUACUUGAACAUCCAUAAAGUAAAUAUCUAUAAAUUAGUCUAUAUUUAAUAUUACCACUUGGAAUCAUUUAACUUCUUUAAUUUAUUUAAUUUUUGAUAUUUUGCAUUUUCUUCUCUUUUAUUUUAGAAAGAAAGUCGCAUUUGCUGGAAACUUGCCAUUUAUUAAAUAAUAGUCGGUAAAAUUCCGAAAUUCCAUAGAGAGAUAUUCCAAGUAGUAGUAUUAAGUGAUUUACUCUGUAUAAUCCAGAGAUCUCAGAUACGUGUCACAUAUGGGUUACUUUCCUCUUCACAUAGACAGCGAUCCAAUUGUUAUAACACGAGCUCGUGACAAAAAUAUGGAGAGAACCUCAAGCCGACUUGGGGAUAUCAUUCAUCAAAUUAUUCAAUUUUUAAUUUUCAUUAUUCCUUUUUAAAUCAAUUAUCUUAUUAGAGCUAAUAGUUUUAACCGGACAACAUGCUGUACAAAAUUUUUAAUUCAUCAUUUAAAAUUAAAAUAGCUUUUAUUUAUUUCCGUAAUAUGACAUAAUGAGUUAGUGACCCUAUAUGUAGCAAUAUACUUAUAAUCUGCAUUGCAGAUUUCUUUACCUCAUUGUAAAUAUGUAAAUAAUUAGUGAAUCAUUAAAUGUGUAAUGUGCACUGAAAUGUUAAUACUUACUGAGAACUUCAUACGUGUCUUUAAUACUAAAAACAAAUUGUAAAAAAAAAUUAAUAGAGAUAAGAUAUCAUAUAUCUUUAUCGUUUGUAAAAAGAAACCGAACUUUUUAUACGUUUCUUAUACGAAUUAAGGAAAUUAAGCACAAUAGGGGAGUAGCAAAAGUUUAGUAUAUAUAGGUCAUAAAUAAAUAUAUAAGUACACGAACGAUAGUUCUCUGCGAGAAAUAUUUUUCUCUGACAUAUCUUGCCUUAUUUAUUACAAAUAUUGAAGAUAUAAAUUUAAUAUUAAGUGUGUUAAGUAUAUGCUCGCAAUUACAUGUUUAAUAAAAUACUUAGAAAUAAGAAUAUGUUUCGUAAUAACCUGCGGGUAGGAUAUGACGUAAAUUUUAGAAAGCGUCUUUUUUACAUUUAUAACGUGUGAUGAUGUUAUAAAUUUCCUAAAAAAAAUAUCCAUCAAAUGUGUGAUAACCAAGCUAAUAAAAUAUACAUAUUGAUAUUAUACAAAAUUUA